UCCCAUUGACGGCUAAGCAAUAUAACUCGACAUUGCAUUUAAGAUCACGUAACAAAACGCAGGGCAGUCGUGUUCCAUCGUGCUGAGAGAACUAUACUAUACAUUGAGAUUGAUAUUGAUUCAUUAUGGUGACUGUGGCUUUUAAAGUUUUGCUUAACAUUUUGAUUGCGGUCAACAUUCCACACUGUUACUCAUGUCCAAUAGAAGAUACACAAAUGGAAAUGAAGGCAGCUUACAAAUCCGGAGAGAUCCAAGAUCAGGAACCACCAAUAACGUUGGAGAAGAUUAAGACUAAACUGAAAGAGAGUGAGAUCUUCAACUGGGAGGAUCCGACUCUUACUGAGAGGGAGAAAAAGGAGAUGAAUAAGCUAUUUGAUGCUGUGGAGAUUAUGACUACCUCUCGUAGUCGUCAGCCCUCUAGCGUUCAGAACAUGUUCUCCUCACUCCGGCUGGUCGAGAGGGUCGUCAAGAAACAGUUGAAAGAGGGACAGAUCUCUGAGGAACUCGCUAACAAAUUCAAUUGGGAUAAACUAACUACCCGACAGAGGCGUGAAAAUCGACCUACGUUUUUCUUAGACAAAACUACAAAUAUGAGAAUGUUUAACUUAAACUAAAAUAGCAUAGCAUACAUAAGAUAUUAAGUAUACCUACUGAUAGCAUCGAGUGUGAAGCUGUGGCUUCGUAUAUAGUACUUUAAGGUAUUGAUAUAAGGUUUAAAAUUAAUUCUUAAUAAUUUAUUUUUUAAAAACUGAUUAAAAUCAAUGCCAAAAAGAAUUGAUAAAAAAUAUUUUUUAUGUAGGUAAAACUUUUUUAGGGUUCCGUAGCCAAAUGGCAAAAAACGGAACCCUUAUAGAUUCGUCAUGUCUGUCUGUCCGUCCGUCCGUCCGUCCGUAUGUCACAGCCAUUUAUUUCCGAAACUGUUGGGCUUACAUUGUUAAAACUUUGUAGGUUGAUGUAUUUGGAUAACCGCUAUUCGAAUUUUGAAUAAAAAUUAUUAAAUUUAAAAAUUAAUGGGGGGCACUCCAUACAUGGAACUGAUUCAAAAAAAAUUUUUUUUUAGCUAACAUAUCCGUGAUGGGUGUCUAUGGAUAGGUCUUUAAAAAAGACAUUAAGGUUCCUAAAACCACUUUUAGUCAAAAUCAAUCAUUUGAAAGUUAGACGCCUCCAAAGUGGAAAAAUGAGUGUGUCCCCCCCCCUCUAACUUUUAAAAUAAGAGAGUGAGGAAUCUAAAAAAAAUAUAUGCUGUAGAUUUCAAUGGAAACUACCAACGAAAAUUGGUUUGAACGAGAUAUCAUUAUUAGUUUUUAAGAAAUAAAACAUUUUCAAAAACCGCAAAUAUAACUUGGUCGUUCAUACAAACACUAUGCAAAACCAAGUUAUUUUAUAACUUUGAUAUUAUGUCAUCUACUUGCUGCUACGGAACCCUUCAUGGGCGAGUCCGUCUCGCACUUAGCCCGGUUUUUUUGUCUUUGACUCUACUGCUUAGAACGGAAAUCGAUCCAGAUACCAAAGAUUAUGAAAAUCGGUUCAGCCGUUCGAAAGUUAUGAGCAAAUAUUAUAAUUAACACGACGUUUCUUAGUAUGGAUUUAUAUAAAAAUGAUAGAUAGUAGUUUUUAUUAAAUAAGUUCUUCUUAAGAAGAGAGAUGCAAAUCAGUAUUUCUAAUUAUUUAUUUCUAAUACUUUGACUGAUGUAUUAAUUUUAUAAAUAAAAUAGAGUGUGGUCAUAA